AUGGCUUCUAUCCAGAACCCGGCCAUUCCUAAGGGAUCAACCGUCCUCGUCACAGGCGUCAACGGCUUCAUCGGAUCCCACGUGGCCGAUCAGUUCGUCCAACAGGGAUACGUCGUCCGCGGGACCGUCCGAAAUAUCGAGAAGAACGCCUGGCUCAGCAACUACUUCGACAAGACAUAUGGCAAGGACAAACUCACCUUAUUCUCAGUUCCUGACAUGACUGCCGACAAUGCUUACGACGAAGCUGCCAAAGGUGUCUCGGCGAUUGUCCAUGUCGCUUCCGUGCUCAGCUUUGAUCCCGAUGCAAGCAAAGUCGUCCCAACCGCAGUGAAAAGCACUGAAGUCGCUAUCAAGGCAGCCUACAAGCAGCCGACCGUCAAGCGCUUCGUUCUCACGUCGUCUUCGGCAGCGGCCAUCCCCAGCGGAGGUCUUCAGGAGAAGCUUGAGGAGGGGCAAAGCCCCGUCAUCACGGAAGAGUCUUGGAACUCCAAAGCCGUGGAGUUGGCUUGGGGACCUGCUCCUUGGGGUCCCGAGCAGGGUGGGAUCGUCUAUUCGGCCAGCAAGGUCGAGCAAGAGCGGUUGAUCUGGAAGUAUCACCAAGAGAACCAGUCGCAGCGGCCCGACAUGGUUGUAAAUGCCGGCAAGUAUUUUUUCGCGGCUGGUCUACCUGUCUUUCAUGUGUUUGGUUUCUAA